CACAUAUGUUUAUAAACUGUUUUUAGUAGAUAUUUUUCUGUCUUGUCAUCUGCACUACAAUUUUUAAAAAAAUGUACGUUCCCACCAAGCGACGCCUCGCUAUGGAUGAUCCAUUUUUUGAUCUUGGCAACGCCGAAACAAACAUGUACUUUCACAUCAAAAAGCAUCCAUCCCCUAUCACCACCACAACCAACAGCAAAAACAGCGAUAACAGCAACAGUAACAGCGAUAAUGAUAACAGCAGCAGCGGCAACACAUCAGACGACAAUUCCGGGCAACAAGCAAUAGCCCAAAUAAACAAAGUCUUAGAAACCAACAUCGACACCCGAUACUUCUCCUUCUCCACGCGCACAAUUAUUUGCCACGAGCCGCCAUGCCAAGGAACCGCACACCCGGCCAUAUCCUACGAACUGCACUACGACCAAAUGCACCGCAAUAGCUGUUCCACAUGUAAUGCGAUAUUCCCCAGCUCUCACUGGUUGGAUCUGCAUAUUCAAGAAUACCACGAUAUGUUUUUUCAGGCCCAGAUUGCUCGCACAGAUGGUGGGCUGAAUUACUCAUGCUUUUUGCCCGCUUGUGUCGAGAUGUUUGAGAGUGCCGGGGAGCGCAAAGAGCAUAUGAUUGAAGUGCAUCGUUUUCCGCUGUCAUUUACGUGGGAUCUUGUUCAGGAUGGGCUUCGGCAUGCGGGAAGGGACGAUGACUGUGACGAUGACUGUGACGAUGACGAUGAUUACGACGAUGGUGAUGAUGAGUGUGCCGAGGAUAUGGAUGUUGAUCUGAUUACAGCUGGAUUUAAGCGGUCUCUGCGCAUCAGUGCUCCAGAAAAAAUCACGUUUGGAAGGCAUGAGGACAACCAAUAUCAGUACGACCAUUGAAAAUAACUAUAUUUCACACAAUGAUAAAAAUAGAUACAUUAAGCAAGGUAAGACAAGAAGUUGCUGCUUUCUGAGCAAAAGCCAACAGACCAAAAAGCUUGUAUAUUUCACAAAAAUGAGUUUUAACUAAAAAAACUAACCAUAGUACAAAACAGUCUAUCCCAAAGUUUAAAGCUCGUAUUAUAGUCCUCAUUUAACAAAACC